GGAGUGACGUGUCUCGGGAAGUGGCUGCUGCUUAGAUGCUGCAAUCGGAUCUAAUCCAGUGUACGAUAGUGUGACGUUCCGGAGAGCCGGCUGGACACCCGGGGACCAAAUAGUCGUCCUAGGCCGAGUGUUACAAGGGUCCAGGUGUAGUUGUCACAGCCCGGCACCACCAUGAUCAAAGCCAUCCUCAUCUUCAACAACCACGGCAAGCCGCGGCUGUGCAAGUUCUACCAGCACUACAGUGAAGACACACAACAGCAGAUUAUUAGAGAAACAUUCCAUUUAGUUUCUAAACGAGAUGAGAACAUCUGCAACUUCCUGGAAGGAGGAUUAUUAAUAGGAGGAUCUGACAAUAAGCUCAUCUAUCGACACUAUGCAACAUUAUAUUUUGUGUUUUGUGUGGAUUCUUCAGAAAGUGAACUUGGUAUUCUAGAUCUUAUACAAGUAUUUGUGGAAACCUUGGACAAAUGUUUUGAGAACGUCUGUGAACUUGACUUAAUUUUCCAUGUAGAUAAGGUCCACAACAUCCUGGCAGAAAUGGUGAUGGGCGGCAUGGUUCUAGAGACCAAUAUGAAUGAAAUUGUUGCACAGAUUGAUGCACAGACAAAGGUGGAAAAAUCUGAGGCUGGAUUAGCAGGUGCUCCGGCUCUGGCUUUGUCUGCUGUAAAGAACAUGAACCUUCCUGAAAUGCCAAGAAACAUUAACAUUGGUGACAUCAGUAUAAAAGUGCCAAACUUGCCCUCUUUUAAAUAGCAUUUAGCAUUCUACUGCCUUCUCCCAUAC